AACAUUUUCAAUUAAUAUAAAAAUUAUUAAAUAAUUAAUUAGUUUAUUUUACAAGUAGUUUGUUAGCUAUAGAAAAAAUACACUGCAAUUAUCAAAUAUAUAAUAUAAAGUACAAGAUACUUAACAAUAAUUUCUUCUUCUUUAUUUAAAAUAAUAAAACACUUUUAUUUUUAUUUGCCCCUUUAAAAAAAAUCAAAAAAUCAAAAACUAUAUAAUUAUUUAAUUAAAAAAGAAAAGAAAAAUACCAAAAAAAGAAAUAGAUGGAUUAAUUAAAUCUAAAUUCUUAAAAUAGAAAACAUUGCUCCAUUCAUCCUAAUUAAUAAAUUACUUUUAUUAGAUUAGAUAAAGAGGAAGAUAAAGAUAUACUUAAGUGUAACUUAUGUAUAUAUGAAUAAAAAAUAAAUUGUAUUCCUUUAGAUCUUAUUGAUAAUUCUGACUUUAAAACAAUAUUAAAAGGAUGGCCGAUUCAAUAAGAUUCAUAAAUUUAUUCAAAACUUCUUGAAUUUACUAAAAUAAGGCCAUUAGUAGAAGAAAAUAGAAAUAAAGUUUGUGAAUAUUUUAAAAGCUUGUAAUUAAUAAUUAAUCAAUUGUUAGAAUUGAAAAAAAAAGAAAUGCUGAAGAAUGUAGAAUAGCAUUAGAUCAAUUUUGAUUAGAGUCUUAAUUAUUGCUUGUUACAAUACAAUAUUAUUUCUCAAAAAGAGAAGCUAAAGGAAAUAAUUUAAACCUAGUAUGGGAACUAAGAAACAUAAAAUAAAAUGCUAUUUGAAAUCAUACGACAAAACAAUAAAUACGAGCAAUAAAAUAAAAAAUAUCUUGAAAACUUGAUUAAUAAUGUUGAAUAAUAAUUUGUGGUUUGUUUAGAUUCUCAUAAUCUGAUCAAAUAAUAAAUAAUAUCUUUGAUUAGCAAUCUAGACACUUUUUAAGUUAACAUUAAUAUAAAUCAAGAUAUUUCAGAACUUGUAGUAAAAGAAAUAAUAGAUUUACAACGUUGCUCCUCAAAUGUUAAAAAAGUUGUCAUAGAUUUUAAAGAGAAAGACAUUAAUUCAGAUGUCUUUACUAAUGUUUCAAAUAAACUUGUAGAGAACAAGAAUUUAUCUUCUUUAGAUAUGAAUUUUAGUAAAAAUAGAAUAAAAAUAGAUUAUGUUAGAAAUUUAAUGGACGUGAUGGUUUAUAAUAGUCUUUCCAUUUAAAAUAUGAGUCUAAAUUUAAGCUAUUGUAAUCUUUCAAGUGAAAUGAUUAGCAUAUUAUCAGAGGGAUUGGCAAGCUUAAAAAACCUUGAGAAUUUGUAGGUUGAAUUAAAACAUUCACGAGUUUCUAAUCAGGGAGCUAACUUAAUAGCAAGAGCUUUAAGCCAACUAUAAAAAAUUAAGAAAUUAAAUCUUGAUUUUGGUUCUGAUGAAAAAAAUCCAAAUACUGAAAAUAGUAAUAAAAUUUAAAAAGAAGGAGUUUAAAAUAUUUGUGAGGCCAUAAAUAAAUUUUAAAAUUUAACUUGUUUAACUCUAGACUUAGCAAAAAAUACAAUAGGAAUUGAAGGUGUAGAAAUAAUCUCAAAAAAAUUAUUGGGUCUUCAGAAUCUUACUGAACUUAAUCUAAAUUUGUGGUAAAAUUAAAUAUAAGAUGGAGGAGUAAAAAUUAUUACUGAUGCUUUAAAAAAUAAUAAAAACGUUAAAAAAUUAGAUCUGAAUUUAAGAAAAAAUUAAAUUCAAAUUGAAGGAGCAAGAUGUAUUUCAAAUUUGUUUUUAAAUAACUAAUAUAUUACAAGUUUGAAUCUGAAUUUAUAAGCUAAUCCUUCUAUAGGUUCCUUAGGACUUUCUAGCAUUACAAAUGCUUUAGGAAGUUGUUUUAAUCUAAAUAGUUUGAGUCUUAAUUUAAAUUUUAACAAUAUUGGAGAUAAAGGAUGUUAAGAAAUCGCUAAUGCCAUAGAAAAGCUUAAGGGAAUUAGUAAUUUGAGUCUAUAGUUAUAUAAGAAUUCUAUUGGCAAAGAAGGACUCCUUUUUAUUGCAAAAUCUAUAUAAAAAAAUUAGACUAUCACUAAUUUGACUCUUAAUUUAGGAGAAAAUAUAAUGGGAGAUGAAAAAACAAAUACUUUUGCAAAAGCUUUGUAAGAUUGUAAACAUAUUAGAAGCUUAAAUCUUGAUUUAAGAAAAAAUUAAAUUAAUGCUAUAGGAGUUAAAGAAAUUGCAAAUCUAAUAGAAUAAUCAAUAAAUAUAACUGAAUUUUAACUUUAAAUGAUCUCUAACUAAAUAGGAAAUGAAGGAAUUAUUUAUAUUUCUAAUGCUUUAAAAAAAAAUAAAAAUAUUCUAAUUUUAAAUCUUGAUCUAUGGAACAAUAAAAUAAAUGAAAAAGGAGUCAAAGAUAUUACAAUAACUCUUUCAGAUAGUAGAUCAAUUAAUUAAUUACAAUUAGAUUUAAGAAAUAUCGAAAUUUAAUCUGAAGAAAGUGUUGCUUUAUUAAAAAAGCUCGAAAUAAGUAAAAAUUGGAGUCAUAUAAGCGUUUAAUACGAUUUAGCAGAUGAAAAAUAUUAUUAAGAUUUUUGAUUGAAUAAUAAAUAACGCAGAUGA